AUGAAUGAUUAUGUUCAAGUUGACUUUGUACAUAACAUGUUUAAGAAUAAAACAUGGAAAGAAAUAAAACUAAAUAAGUUCGACAGUAUUAAGAAUAUAAAGAAAAAAAUAUAUACACACACAGGGACUUUAUAUGAUAAUAUGAACUUGUAUGCCUAUGAUGAAAAUGAUGUAGAUAAUACACAAGUAUUUUUGAGUAAUGAUGAAUAUUGUUUAAAUGAUUAUAACGUAAAGGAUAAUUAUAUUAUAUAUAUCCAAGAAAAAAAUAAAACAUACAGUGCAGAUGAUAUUAUCUAUAAUAUUGAUGAUGAACAGAAAUUACAAAAGUUAACACACCUAAAAUAUACAAUGAAUGAUGAAGAAUAUGAUAAGCGACCUGAUAAUGUUAGAAACUUUCUAAAAAAAUUAAGAGAAAAAAAUAAAACACAAACAAACCUAUCCAACCAACAAGAAGAAAAUAAUAAUAAAAUUAAUGAACAUAAUCCUAUUUAUUAUUCUUCUAUAUCUAAUAACUCCUUUGAUCAAGAAUUAUAUAAAAUAGGAAAAAGAUGUAGAAUUAAAAUGGGCGAUAGACGAGGAAUUCUUAAAUUUGUUGGUAAUAUAAAAAAUAAUCAUGAUAUUUAUGUAGGCGUAGACUUAGAUGAACCCUUAGGAAAUUCAGAUGGCAUGUAUAAAAAAAAAAAAUUAUUUGAAUGUAAAGGAGAUAAGUAUGGUUAUAUAGGUAAUAUUAAUUCUAUAGAAGUGGGUGAUUUCCCACCCUUCGAUAUAAUGGACUUGGAGGAGUUCUAA